CGCCACGGCGCCGGCGUCGCCUCCUGGCCCCAGAGCCAUGGUGCGCGCAACGCGCACACUGCGCGCGGGACUCUAAGCUCCGGCAGCGCCGCGCGCUCCCACCUCCCCUCUCCCCUCCGGGCUUCUCCGCCAACCUCACUUGCAAGCCAUGAAGCUUUGGCCCGGAGCGCCUCGCCUUUGAGCCCUGCCUCGCCUGCCCAAGCCCCGCGUCGCUGCUCUCCGCCACAGACAGGACUCCGGCCACUGAAGCUCUGCAUCGUCUCCCAGGGAUCGCACCCAGCCGCUCCGGGAUGGCGCUGCGCGGGCCCCUCCGGCUCCGCAAAGUUCGCAGGAGGCGAGAGAUGCUGCCCCAGCAAGUUGGUUUCGUGUGCGCGGUGCUGGCCCUGGUGUGCUGUGCGUCCAGCCUCUUCGGCAGCUUUGGGCACAAAAGAGCUUCUGCUAGCAAACAUCUUCUACCAGAUGCGUGGAGAAAUAGAAAGCUGAUGGCACCGGUGAAUGGGACUCAGGCAUCCAAGAAUUGCACAGAUCCUGCGAUCCACGAGUUUCCCACGGACCUGUUCUCCAACACGGAGCGACGGCACGGGGCCGUCCUGCUGCACAUCCUCGGUACUCUGUACAUGUUCUACGCCUUGGCCAUUGUGUGCGAUGACUUCUUUGUUCCGUCUCUAGAGAAGAUCUGUGAGAAACUCCAUCUGAGCGAAGAUGUGGCUGGAGCCACCUUCAUGGCCGCGGGAAGCUCGACCCCAGAGCUGUUUGCCUCUGUCAUUGGCGUGUUCAUCACCCACGGAGACGUUGGGGUUGGGACCAUCGUGGGGUCCGCCGUGUUCAACAUCCUGUGUAUAAUUGGCGUUUGUGGAUUAUUCGCCGGACAGGUGGUCUGUCUGACAUGGUGGGCUGUGUUCCGAGACUCUGUGUACUACACGCUGUCUGUCAUUGUGCUCAUCGCGUUCAUAUAUGAUGGAGAAAUUGUGUGGUGGGAAGGCCUGGUGCUCAUCGUCUUGUAUGUGUUUUACAUUCUAAUCAUGAAGUACAACGUGAAGAUCCAAGCCUUUUUCACAGUCAAACAAAAGGCCAUUGCAAAUGGCAACCCAGUCAGCAGCGAGCUGGAAGAUGUGAAGGAAAAGCCUCAGUACAGCAAAAACCCAGUGGUGAUGGUGGAUGAGAUCCUGAGCUCCAGCCCUCCCAAGUUCAGCUUCCCGGAGGCAGGCUUGCGCGUAAUGAUCACCAAUAAAUUUGGGCCCAGAACCCGACUACGGAUGGCCAGCAGGAUCAUAAUCAAUGAGCGACAGAGACUGAUCAACUCGGCAAACGGCGUGAGCAGCAAGCCGCUUCAAAACGGGAGGCACGAGAACAUCGAGAAUGGGAACGUUCCGCUGGAAAACCCCGAAGACCCUCAGCAGGAUCAAGAACAGCAGCCGCCACCUCAGCCCCCACCCCCCGAGCCAGAGCCGGUGGUGCCGGUGGAGGCCACCUUCCUGUCACCUUUCUCCGUGCCUGAGACGCGAGGGGACCGAGCCAAGUGGGUGCUCACGUGGCCCCUCACCUUCCUCCUGUGCAUCACCAUCCCCAACUGCAGCAAGCCCCGCUGGGAGAAGCUCUUCAUGGUCACCUUUCUCACCGCCACGCUGUGGAUCGCCGUGUUCUCCUACCUCAUGGUGUGGCUGGUGACCAUCGUUGGAUACACACUGGGGAUCCCUGACGUCAUCAUGGGCAUCACUUUCCUGGCGGCAGGGACGAGCGUUCCGGACUGCAUGGCGAGCUUAAUCGUGGCGAGACAAGGCCUUGGAGACAUGGCGGUCUCCAACACCAUAGGGAGCAACGUGUUUGACAUCCUGGUAGGACUCGGCAUACCGUGGGGCCUGCAGACCAUGGUUGUUAAUUAUGGAUCCACGGUGAAGAUCAACAGCCGCGGUCUGAUCUUUUCUGUGGUGCUCUUGCUGGGCUCCGUCGCUCUCACUGUUCUCGGCAUCCACCUAAACAAAUGGAGACUGGACCGGAAGCUGGGUAUCUACGUGCUGGUUCUCUAUGCCAUUUUCUUGUCCUUCUCAAUAAUGAUAGAGUUUAAUGUCUUCACCUUCGUCAACUUGCCGAUGUGCCGAGAAGACGAUUAAAGCUGAGCCGCUGCCCGUGGGGAGCCGUUCCAGACACCCCAUGAUGCUGGCAUCCUCCUCUCUCUGCUUCCCCCACCACGAAUCUCGCCUGCAUCCGCAGCCACCGUCUUGUUCCUUUGUCCACCAGAAGGAAAAGCCACCGUGGCCUCUGUCUGGUCACAGGCCAGGCUGCCGGACAUCCUCCUCCUCGCUGGAGUUCCACCCCCAAAGGCAAGAUUCAGGGGCAGUUGUUUGAGCAGCUUUCCAGACCUCUGAGCUGCCAGCCGUGGGGAUGUGGCGAGCAUCUCCAUUCUCUCUUGCACACUUUGGAAGAAAGCGUGGUUUGUCUUUCUUUGUCGCGUGGGCAGCCUUGGACAUGGGGCAGUCGGCGAGCAUGAGUCUCGCGGGGCAAGUGCAAAAUGGGAAUGCUGUUGUCAAGUGUAACCUCUGGGCUAGAGGGCAGGAGCUCAGGAUGCAGGAUGUGCUGCUGAGAGCCUCCGACUCUGCUGGAGGCACUUUAGGUGCAGAGGGGUAAGGCCUCAACCUGUUGGGGUUUGGGGCAGUGCCUGCAGUUUUUCUGGGAAAAUUGGAAGAAUGUAAACAGUUUUUCACUGCAUUAAGAGAGAAAAACAAGUGACUAUUCUUACCAGUUUUACUGAUGCAUUCAGAGAACAAGCAAUGAAAUACUAAAAAUAAAAUAUCAUAUAGAUCGCAAUACUUGAAAAAUCUCAUUCUGCACAAAAGGACCACAAUGGGAAUCAAAGAGGUAAUGCCUGUAGAAAACACAACCUGUGUGUGUCACCUUGCGUUGGCACUGAGCUGUUCAGUUUGGAAUCUAGAAAGAGGUAAGAGACUAACAUCAAAAUGGGUGCUGAUUCCAAGAUGCAGCAGAGACUGUAGUUUACAGCUACACAUUCCAGAACUUCUGUACUGUUUGUUUGUGUUUGUUGAUGCUCUAGUCUCAAAAGCACCCUGUUGAAAAACUCAGUUGUUCAUAUGCCCAACAAAUCUCCAGUAUCCUGCUCCGGUGGAAUGAGCAGGGCCAGAAGUGAUGGUUAAUGACGAGAGGUGUCCUGAAAAUCAAUUGCUUUCAGGUUAGCUGAAGGCAAGUUUGGAAAACCAUGGCUUAGAACUUUGAGAGCUAAGUUACUUGAACCUCAUUAGUUUGCUGCAAAGGAAAGGCCAAGGACAGGAGGCUGAUUGCAAAGUAGAUAGAAAACUCUUAAGACAAUCUUCAACUGCUUCCUAGCUCUAAAAUAUAUGUAUAUGUUAAAAAGGCAUAUGAACGCAAACCGUUCACGGUUUCUUAAAAGAAAGCACAAUUAAUUUUGUAUAGAGUCUGUUUUUAUUUUUUUAAUGUUUCUAUUGCAAAAGUCUAUCAGAUUUGAUGUACUUUUAAUACUGGGAUAUUUUGCAUGGAAGACCAUAUGGGAACUACCCUGAUGAUGUGAGAAAGGGAGGUUUUUAGUGAUUCAUCUAAAACCAGAUUUCGGUGAUGUUGUCAAACGUGAGUUCAAAUCCAGUAACUAAUCCCUUCAUGAAACACAAGGUUGGUGCCCCCCGUUGGAAGUUGUGACUAUGCUCGUGGUGGCCUCCCGAAUUUCGAAAGGAGGAAAUUUUACAGCUUGGGUCCCUUGAGUCCCCUUGAGCAUGAGCCUAAGGUGGGACCAAGCUCCCGUCCCCAGGCUUCGAUUCUGUUUCCACAGCAGUAUUUGCAGUUACACUGAGUUAAGGCUUCUCUUUGCUCCUCCACCUAGAUGCUGGGCUCCGUGGUCUCCAUGUUGAGGGCCGGGAUUUCCCUGAGAAAUCAGCUAAGCAGGAGGCCAGGGAAGCUGUUCGUCAUUUAAUUGAAUGUUAGAUGCAGGGGGUUUCAGAGCCCUUGCAAUCACUCUGUGUCCUCAUGGCACAGCCCCCUGGACUCUCCCGCUUUACAGACUAAUCCGAGUUUCAAAGUGUCCCAUAUCAGUUUUGAUUCUCAAAUGUUAAGUACGAAUCAUUCUCCUCAUUUAACAGAAAAUUGAACCUUGAGAGGUCAAGUGACUCAAGGUCAGUGGUCAUUAAAGCAGCAAAAUGUGGACCGAGCUCCAGCACUGCCCCUGUCCCCUCCAUGUGGGUUUGCCGUCCUUGGGUGGAUGGGAGCAGGUGUAUGUCUUUGCCCUCUUGGUUGGUUCUUACUGAGUCAGAACCUCAUCAAAUAUUUAACCAAUUCCUGGGACCUCCAGGUCAUAUCCUGAUAUGUGUCUGUAUCCAAUGUCCCUUUUUUUUCUGAAAAACAUUAAGAGAUAUUUUUAGCUACCACAAGGCACAGGCCACAUGGCCCACUGGUGUUCAAUUCUCUGAAUUCUUAUGAUGCAUUCAGAGAACAUCCUAAUGGCCUCCUCUUCCUCAGCAGAAUCCAUUUGAGGUUUAAAGUGUACUGCGGUUGCAGUUUGAGACUAGAAAAUAAUGUUUUUAAAUCUGUAGAGCACUUCUCGUGGCUAAUUUUCUUUUGACUUUAAUGUGCCAAUGUAAUUUUCUAAGGGUCUAUGCAUUUAUUAUAUCUAGAAAACUAAUAUAUAUAUAUACAUGCUGUAGGUGAAAAAUAUUCUCUUUUUUAACUAAAUAUUUUUCCAUCACAAGUUUAAAGAAUUGCUUGAUUAAUUAGGCCUUCAUUUUAAAGUAAUGCUUUUAUCACUACCCAGGACUGCUUCCUUUAUUUUAUUCCCAAAGCUAAUUAGCAUGGGAUAAUUACUCUGCUGUAAAAAUAGGCAAUUAAAAAAUAAAUUUAGCUCUUCUAAUUGGGGGCAGAAAAGAAAAGCAAAUUGUUUUUCUCAGAAAAUAUCUGUGGAAGCAGAAACAGGUGGUUCCUGACAAUUCUUGCUUUGGAGUUUGUCCUUAACCCAGCCCAAGCACGGUUAGGGUGGAAGGUGUCGCAGUAUCUUAGAGCCUGGCCCCUGGGGAAGGUUCUAGGCCAGCUGCAAGGAGAGACUAAGUGGUUCCGGGUCCCGUGGGCAGGUCAGAGUUGACCCCACACUCUCCUCCCUCUGUCCCCUCCCCCAGCCUUCCCACAACCACUCCCAGGUCUGCUGGCUCCUGUGCUCCCCUGGUCACCUGCACGUCCACCUGCGCACAGACCCGCUGCCCUGGGGAGUUGCCUCCUGUUCACUGUGUCUCAUCUUUUGGGGCCACUGCUUGCUUCUGUCCCAUCAGGCCCUCCCUUUACGGAUCCAAGUAGCUGGUAAGAUACUAACCCUCCCUGAGCCAGGUGAAACCAGAGCGUGUGCCCAUCACCUGAGGGCAGCCCUGCAGACCCCUGACCAAAGACCCCCUCCUGGGCAUCCCAGGGUCUGGGCCCGAGGGAAGGAACCACCUGCUGUUGCCUGUUGAUCAUGGCUUAUGUGAGAACCAACAAGUAUCAGCAGAGGAACUUGGGGAGCCCUGGCCUCCCUAAACAGGGUGGGAAUUCGUUAGGCAUGGCUGGCAUCCCAGCCCGACACCCUUCUUUCCUCCUGGGCCGCCGCCUCCGAGUCCUAGGGCUGGGGGUGGACAGACGCCACUCGGGCGAGAAAAGCAGGAGAGGAUCCCAGCGCCCUUGUCGGAGCCUCACAGGCUGAAGCUGCUUUCUACCCAGCCCUUCCUCCCCUGGAGGAAAACAGGCUGCGGGGCUUAGGGUACUGGAACAGCAGGGGUUCUGUUAACAUGUUUUGGAAUUUCUCCACUGGAGUCAACAGGAGAGAAGCAGAGACCUUUCUGCAUGGCUGGCGCAGGCUCAGCGAGCUGUGGGUUCUGCUGGGGGCGCCUCCACCCCCGCCCCGUCCGCCCUGACUGUGGAUGGGCACGGAGGGGAGGGACCGUGCUCUUCUCCCCCCGCGCCCACCUUCACCUUCCUUCCUUGCUGGCCCUGUGUUCCCUGGCUGGAAAAGCGUGCUACUUUGCACAUGUGCUAGGCUUUCAGCAAAGGCUUGUUGCUUGAAUAAACUUGCCACUUAGGGCAAAAAUCUCCGGGAGAUUGUAUCCACACGCUGGGGUUUAAAUAUUCACGGGUCUGUGUAAUGCCCUCUGCCCAUGAUUGCUGUGUGCAGUUGUCCUCCCCCAGGGGCAGUUAGUGGGUAGAUUCAGGACAACCAAGAUGGUCCCUGGCUCCACAGCUUCAUCACCACAUGGUGCCCAUAGAAACUUCCAGGAAUUUCUGAAAAUUCCCCUGGACAAGCUGUGGGUGGCAGGAAGCCCCUCAUCCCCCACCUGCCUCCCUGGACGCAUCACGCUAUCUCCCUGGCCUCUGCCCGCUCGUAUGUGGAUUCAUCCAGAGAGCAUGCGGGCACCCCGGCCAGGUGUGGACCCUUCCUUUCUGGCUUUCCUGCCCCAGCUGCUGACCAUGGGAGCCGCUUAGGAGGAAGCCUCACUGGGGCCCUCUAAAAGCAUGGAGAAGGGCCCCUCUGGUACUCGGUGUGAAUCUUCUCCCAUGUGUUAGUCACGUAGGUGGUAGAACCAGAGCGAGGGGAGGCUUUCCGUGAGCCCAUCCCACAAGGCAAAGAACCUGGCAGGUGAGGGGGAUACAGAUCUUGUUGCUCCAUUAGAGCCACGGCUUUUGCAAACUUGGCUUAAGUGGGGGCCCCUUUGCCUUGCAGCAGAGAGCACGUUACACAAAGGUACAGACUGUUAAAUGGUAUUUCAAUUUAGAUUGUUUUAUGUGCUUGUUAAUAAUGAAAACUAAGUUGGGACACUAGCGUUGUGCUUAACGUCAGGUCUGGUAGCUGGCGGGAGAAUGCCCAGCCGUCACAGCACUUCCCAACCCAGGGGAAGCAAGUGCCUGCCUGAAACUGGGAAAAGAGGCACUUUCCCCUGCUUCUGCCACCAGAAUAGAGAUGUUUUCUCCAUCAGGACAGGGAAGGCAGCUUGGGGCAAGGUGGAGGUGGUGUUGGAGCUUGGAUUAUUACACAUGGGCUUGGGUUGUAAACAUUCUACCUUUUCAAUGACAGGCGGGUCUCAGGUUCCAUUUGUCUCUGCUAAAUUCUCCAGCACUUCUGAGCACGUGGUGUCGUGGGCACAUGGCCGUGCUCAUUUACGCUUAAUACAUUGUGUGGUCUCAGUGUCCAGUUGUCUAAGUUGUGUGUCCUCUUCCCACUGCUCAGUCAGCAGGGGCUAAGAAUUUGCUCACUUCUGGUCGAGGAAAAUGUCUACCCCCUGCAUGUCCAGGGACAAUGCUGGGGCCAUGGGAGGCACGUCUGUGAGCUGAAAAUACCCACUGUGCCUAUGCGAACGGCGAGCCCUUGGCCGUGUGGCUCUUUUGUCUCUUAGAUUUAUGGGUCUGGGGUUGGCUGCUCCUUAGUUAAUAGUCACAAUGACAAGUACCAGCUUAGGCCACACCAAUUGCCACAGUUGCCAGAAUUCACACAGCUGCUGCUUAUUCAACACGUUGGUCAGGACGUUUCUAUAGAUGAGGCCAGUCAAAUCCUUAAUCCUGGAGUGUGUGGGUCCCUUCCACCCCCAGCUGGGAAACAAAUUUGUUAAGGGGUCAAGAGAGGGAGCAUACGGCUUUUGGUUUCUAGUUGCUCCGUUUGGUAUGAUCAGCCUUGGUGUAGAAGGGGAGGGUCUCAAACAACAGAGCCCCCUGCUGCCUCUCCAGAAUUCCCAAGAAAGGAGUUCCCAAGUCCAUCUCAUAUGGACACAUGGUCUUCUUUUGAACAGAAGGAACAAGUCCCUCCUACUACUAAAAAUGGGAUGCAAGCGAUGCAGCUUUGUUUGUCCAAAUAAAGUAUUCCAGUGGGGUUUUUCUGGCCACCAGGGUGUCUCUGCCCUCACCUUUCCAAGGUGCCCUUCUGAGCUGUAGACCCCACUAUCCACUUGCUCUCACAUGCAGCUUGAACCAGGGGCAUUCUGGCAUCUAGCCAAAGAGCUGUGGCAGAGCCACUGUGGCUGGCUCUCGGGGAGCCCCACAGAGGGACUGGGUGUCCGAUUUAGAGCCCACUUUCCUGGCAGGGUGUCCUCUGCCUGUGUCUCCCAUCCAGCAGCUGCCAGCCAGGAGUUGUUGCUCAGUGUCUGAACACAAAGAGAGCCUUGAUUACCUUGAGAGGAAAGAGGGCUGCCAGCCAGACGGGGCCAGGCCCAAGGCAGACGUGGCAGCUGCCAAGCAAAGGGCCAAGCUGGGAGGGCCCGAGCACAUCCAAGAUGCCGGAGAGGCAGACUGGGCAUGGGUCCCACAGGACCCCUGGAUCUUCCUUGGUGAGUCAGGGCUUACCAAGGAAGACGUACAUGGAACCGGAGGACCCUCAUGUCCAGAAAGAACCUACCAAAACCAAGAACUUCUGAGGCUGCUACACAUUGCUUGAGCCUCACAAGACAUUUCUGGCAUGCUGGGCUGAACACCGCCACAUUUGUCCAUUUUCUCUUACAGGCAAGCAGGAGCAAUGAGUUGAGAAGCUGUAAAUAAUGAAUCUUUAUCCCACUAUUUAUUUUUUCAAUAACUGACCUUCUGCACUGUGAAUGCUCUGUGAUAUGAGAUUCCUAGUUCAAUAAAACUAUCAUUAAAUUUGAAUGAAUUAAUAUUAUUGGUUGCUCAACACUGGCAUGAGUUUAUUUUUAUUGUGAAGAAAACUCUAGACUAAAUAUGAAUUACACCUUCAUAAAAAAUCUAGCAGUCAGUAUUGUGAUGCAAUAUAUCAAAAUCUGUACACUGUCAAUAAAAUAAACAAAAGCAAGUUGUCUUUCACUAUAUAUAGCUUCCAUUCACAUUUAAUUUUUGAAAGAAUUGCUUACACUGGAGUAACAGCCAUUUGAAACUAUUUCUGUUUACAUAUUGAGAGAAAAUAAACUUCAAAAAGAUUGAGGACUGGAGCUUCUUAAUGAUGAUGAUGGAUAAUGAAUAAAUCAGGGCAGAGCCCUCAUCACUGAUCUUGGCUAAUGUCCUUGAGUCUGGAUGCUCUGACCCUUCCCUGACCCACCAGCAGUGCUGGCUUCAUGGGGUGGGGUUGGAGACCUGUGCUCAGAAGGGCGCCAUACUUGGUUGUCACCAUCUUGAAACUCUUAAUGACUUGAAUCAAGAGGCCCCACAUCUCUACUUUGCACUGGGACCUGCAAAUUAUGUAGUCGGUUCCUGCUCAUCAGGAAUAAAGUUUAUGGGAUCAGCUCUUGUGUCAUGGGAUACUGAGGUUGGGGAAAGUGGUUCUGGUUAAUUCCUUCGUUCUACAAAAGGUUUCGGAGCCCCACCUGCCCCCAGAUCUCGUGCCGCUGCUGACUUGAACAAGCACGCACAUCACCAGGGGAUCUUGUUAAAAAGCAGACCCUGGUUCAGUCGGUCUGGGGUGAAGCCAGGAGGCUACAUUUCUCAGAAGCUCCAGGUGAGGCCAGUGCUGCUUGUCCACUUUGAGUAGCAAGAAGAUACUCAAAUGGGAUCUGAACACCGGUUUAUUAUCAAUCUGAGAGUUAGUGAAUAUAAACAUUUAUGGCGACAUGAUGAAUAAUUUUAUGUCUGAAUCUGUUUUGUUGUGCUUUUCGUAGUAAUUUGUUUUUAUUAAACUUGAUAAAAAUAUAA